AGGAAACCGCCUCCCUGCGUGUGAACAGUUAUGAGGUGUACGCCCUGGCCUGCCAAGACGGCUGGAGUCAAACUGGGGCAACGUGGAGACAACAGCUGGGCUGUGUCCUGAGCUGUGUAGCCAACAGUACCUACUCUGAGUGUAUGACCCCUUGCCCUGCCUCCUGCGCUGACCUGGCCGCUCCCUCCGAGUGUGACUUCACUGCCUGUGUUGAGGGGUGCCAGUGUUCCCCAGGAUUCACCAUGAGCGGAGGCAUCUGUGUUCCCUACAGCGAGUGUGGCUGCAGCUACCUGGAUAGAUACUACCCUCUUAAAGAGAAGUUUGUGACAGAGGACUGUGGCCUGUCCUGUGAGAGUACGCCCUCGGGCGCCGUGUGCCAACCCAAGGGCUGUUCCGACACACACGUCUGUACUAUCUUCAACUUGACACGUGACUGCUACAAAAAGAGCCCGUGUCUGAGUGACCCCUGUCUGAACAACGGUGCAUGCGCUGAGAUUACAGUAGACUUAUUCAGCUGUCAGUGUCUAGAGGGUUUCGAGGGCAGCCUGUGUGAGAUUGAGAAGACGGAUACCAGCGGAGGCCUGGGUACGUGA